CCAGCGAUUUUUUUUUGGAAACGAACUCCAAGCCUCCUGCCAUUUAAAAGUAAUUAAAGCCCACUAAUUAAAAGUUCUUUCCAUGGUUCCAUCGAAGACACCAACGAAGGUGAUUCAAACCGGCGGCGAUUGACAAGCUCCAUCGAAGACCACAACGACGGAGGUGCUCCGAAGCGGCGGCGAAAGAAUUAUAGGCGUGAAGAAAGGAGAAGAAGAUUGGUGGCCGCUGCAACCAUGGAAAGAACACCAAGUGAUUGGCCACACCCUGAGUGGCAUGCGCCCUGGAAGAACUACAGGGUCAUCAGCGGGCACUUGGGUUCGGUGCGGUCUGUUGCAGUGGACCCCAGCAAUGCGUGGUUCUGUACAGGCUCAGCAGAUAGAACAAUCAAGAUCUGGGAUUUAGCAACCGGGACUCUAAAGCUCACCCUUACUGGUCAUAUUGAACAAAUAAGAGGCCUUGCAGUUAGCAGCAAACACACCUACAUGUUCUCUGCUGGCGAUGAUAAACAAGUCAAGUGCUGGGAUCUUGAACAGAACAAGGUGAUUCGGUCUUAUCAUGGUCAUUUAAGCGGUGUCUAUUGCUUGGCUCUACACCCCACCCUUGAUCUUCUGCUAACCGGGGGUCGUGAUUCAGUGUGCAGGGUUUGGGACAUCAGAAAAAAGACUCAAGUUCAUGCCUUGUCAGGGCAUGAGAACACAGUUUGCUCGGUUCUUGCUCGGCCAUUGGACCCUCAAGUCAUUACUGGCUCACAUGAUUCAACUGUGAAUUUCUGGGACCUCAGGAAUGGCAAGACCAUGUCAACACUCACCCACCACAAGAAAUCUGUCCGGGCGAUGGCAUUGCAUCCAAAGGAGGAAGCUUUUGCAUCUGCCUCUGCUGACAACAUAAAGAAGUUCAACCUCCCAGAAGGAAAGUUUCUGCAUAACAUGCUAUCCCAGCAGAAAGAGAUUAUCAAUGCCAUGGCUGUCAAUGAGGAAGGGGUAUUGGCUACAGGAGGUGAUAAUGGGAGCUUGUGGUUCUGGGAUUGGAGGAGUGGCCACAGUUUCCAGCAAUCACAGAUAAUUGCUCAACCCGGGUCACUGGAAAGCGAGGCUGGCAUCUAUGCAAUGGCAUAUGAUGUCACUGGUUCAAGGCUGAUUACUUGUGAGGCUGAUAAAACCAUAAAGAUGUGGAAAGAGGACGUAAAUGCCACCCCGAGAACUCAUCCUCUUCAUUUUAG